GGGCCGGGGGCGGCCGUUGCGCAGCUUCGGGGAGCGCGGGGGGGGGGGGGGGAAACGGGGGACGGCCGGACGGCGCGGAGAGCCCGCCCGCAGCCCGCCACCUACCGCUGGUGCCGCCGCCGCCGGGGGGAAGAGCCGGGCGCGGCCCCGGAUACCGCCGAGGAGCCGCCGCCAUGAACAGCGUGGGAGGCGCCGACGAGAUCGGAAAACUGUUUGUGGGUGGCUUGGACUGGAGUACAACGCAAGAAACUCUUCGUAGCUACUUCUCCCAGUAUGGGGAAGUUGUAGACUGUGUAAUAAUGAAAGACAAAACAACAAAUCAGUCUCGAGGAUUUGGAUUUGUCAAAUUUAAAGAUCCCAACUGUGUGGGAACAGUACUGGCCAGUAGACCUCAUACGUUAGAUGGCCGAAAUAUUGAUCCAAAGCCAUGUACACCCAGAGGGAUGCAACCAGAAAGGACACGACCGAAGGAAGGAUGGCAGAAAGGAUCCAGGAGCGAUAACAAUAAAUCAAAUAAAAUUUUUGUUGGUGGGAUUCCUCAUAACUGUGGCGAGACAGAGCUCAGGGAAUACUUCAAGAAAUUCGGAGUGGUCACUGAAGUUGUAAUGAUCUAUGACGCAGAGAAACAGAGGCCCCGAGGUUUUGGAUUUAUUACUUUCGAGGACGAACAAUCAGUGGACCAGGCUGUCAACAUGCAUUUUCACGACAUCAUGGGCAAAAAAGUGGAGGUGAAACGCGCAGAGCCUCGUGAUAGCAAAAGCCAAACUCCAGGGCCACCCGGUGCCAGCCAGUGGGGAAGCAGGAUCAUGCCGAGCGCUGCCAACGGCUGGGCAGGGCAGCCCCCUCCGACCUGGCAACAAGGAUAUGGCCCUCAAGGGAUGUGGGUGCCAGCUGGACAGGCAAUUGGUGGAUAUGGACCACCUCCUCCAGGAAGAGGAGCUCCGCCGCCGCCACCACCAUUUACCUCAUACAUAGUCUCUACACCUCCUGGAGGAUUCCCACCUCCCCAAGGAUUUCCACAGGGCUAUGGCACCCCUCCACCAUUUAGUUUUGGUUAUGGUGCUCCACCUCCUCCACCUGACCAGUUUGCCCCACCUGGAGUCCCCCCUCCACCUGCCACUCCAGGGGCAGCACCACUAGCUUUUCCACCACCACCACCACCAUCUCAGGCAACUCAGGACAUGAGCAAACCCCCAACUGCUCAGCCAGAAUUCCCUUAUAGCCAGUUUGGGUAUGGACAAGACUUGAGUGGUUUUGGACAAGGUUUCUCUGAUCCCAGCCAGCAACCCCCUCCCUACGGAGGCCCCUCGGUGCAACCAUCCAGUGGCCCACCUGCAGGAGGAAGUGGUUUUGGACGAGGACAGAACCAUAACGUGCAAGGAUUUCACCCCUACAGGCGCUAGCGUGGGCUGGCAAUCAGGGAAUUCUGUCCACACAGGGAUGCCUGGUACCAGCUGAACCCAGGAAUCCCAGACUUCUGAACUUGUGACAAUCACAUACUUGAUGGAAGAAAAACCUAACAACAUUUUUUUUUUGGGGGGUGGGGGAAGAUGGCUUCUGAAGGCAAAGCUGUGGGUGUUUGGACUGCAGUUUUUAAAUAUUUUCCUUUCUCUAACCCAUCAGCACAAAUAAAGAAAAUGUCACUGGUUCAAACUACAGGGUUUUAAAAAUGUCUUCAGCUUUAAUUCAAAACUUCAGGUUUCUUUUUUUUGAAAUUAUUUUUUUCCUGAGCCUUUGUUUUACCGUAUAUUGUAAACUUUUAUGUUUAAAAGAAAAAAAUAUAUACAUUUACAGAUUGUGAAAUUUUUAAGAGAAA